CCCCACCGUCAUAUCAUCACCCCGCCAUGGCAAACAAGAUCAUCAUCGAUACCGAUCCCGGUAUCGAUGACAUCCUCGCCCUUCUACUGGCUCUAUCCUCCAAGCCAGAGGAGGUCGAACUCUUGCUCAUCUCGUUGACUUUUGGUAACAUCGAGGUCAAGAACUGUCUCCGCAAUGCAGUCUCCAUGUUCCACAUCCUGGAGCGCGAGACCGAGUGGCGUCGCCAAAAUGGCCGCCCCGAAGGCUUCGGCGCGAUGCGUGCUUGCCGUCCAGUGGUCGCCGUGGGCGCGGAAGAUCCUUUAGAAGACCAGAAGAUGCUGGCUGAUUAUUUCCAUGGAACCGACGGCCUUGGAGGGAUCCAUGACAGCCACCCACACCUCACGCCUAGCCAAGCUUGGGAGCAGUUGUUCGAUCCGGCCGCUGAUCCCGAUGGAAUCGAGGCUGUUCAGAGUGGUGCAGGUUCUCGCGAUCAUCCGUUCAUUCCCUCCAAGAUCCCUGCCCACAAGGAAAUCCUUCGGGUACUGCGCGAGAAUGAACCCGAUACUGUGACCCUGGUCGCCGUUGGUCCCCUUACCAAUCUGGCGCUGGCAUCUGCUGAAGACCCGGAAACCUUCCUUCGCGUGAAGGAGGUCGUCGUCAUGGGCGGCGCCGUGAACCAGCCCGGCAAUGUUACGCCCGUCGGCGAAUUCAAUGCAUAUGCAGACGCCUUUGCCGCCGCUCGGGUGUUCGCCCUCACAUCACCCAACCCCAACUCCACUCUGCCACCCACGGAGAGUCCUGUGCUCCCGCCAUAUCCCGCAAAGCUGAGCCGCCGAUUGACUCUGCGCCUGUUCCCGCUAGAUAUCACUCUACGUCACAAUAUCUCCAAGGGCGAGUUCCGCAAGGCCGUAACUCCACUCCUCGAGUCGGGCUCUCCGCUGGCCGAAUGGGUCGAUGCUUUCAUGGGACACACUUUCCGUACAUUGGAAAGACUUCAUCCCGGCCACGUUGGUGAUGACGCCCAUCUGAGUCUCCACGACCCUGUCUGCGUUUGGUACGCCCUGACAUCCACGGACCCGAAAUGGGCUCCCUCGCCCACCUCGCCCGAGGAUAUCCGUAUUGAGACGACGGGUCAGUGGACUCGCGGUAUGUGUGUGAUCGAUCGUCGUAGCCGUCACAAGAUUGAAGGUGAUACAGAGAGCUCGAGUGAUCACGGCCUUUGGCUAAGUGCGAACGCCGGCAAUCGCAUUUUGCGGAUGGACGAGUCACCUGCCGAGAAGAACUUUGGUGAAAUUAUGAUUCAGAGACUGUUUGGUUGA